CCUGAAUAAUACCACAAAGAGAGAGAAGAGUACUUCCAGGGGACUCUCCCACUCAUUUUUACACAAAAUUAUCACAACUGGCCGGGGCUGCUUCUUGUUUAAUUGUAUACAAUAUGGAUAUGGAGAAUGGAGACUCUAAGGGCUUGAUAGUGGAGAAGGAGCACCACCACAACGGGCGGACGAUGCCACAAAACGUGUCGUCGACAUCGAUUUUGCGCAAGAAGUCGGAUCCCAUGCUUGUAUCAAAUAUUAGGUUCAAAAUGCUUAGACAAUUCUUGGCUAAUCUCCAGGAGGUGAUCCUCGGCACCAAGCUCGCCGUGCUCUUCCCCGCGGUUCCCUUGGCAAUCGUUGCCGACAUGUAUAGCUUUGGAAGACCUUGGAUUUUUGCUUUGAGCUUACUUGGACUCGCGCCGCUUGCUGAACGUGUCAGCUUCCUCACCGAGCAAAUUGCAUACUACACUGGUGCAACAGUUGGAGGGCUCCUGAAUGCGACAUGUGGCAAUGCAACAGAGCUAAUAAUUGCAUUAUUUGCUCUUCGCCAAAACAAAAUACAUGUUGUGAAGUAUUCCCUUCUGGGUUCCAUCCUUUCAAACCUUCUUCUUGUUCUUGGCUCCUCUCUCCUCUGUGGAGGCUUGGCCAACCUUCGAAAGGAACAACGAUACGACAGAAAACAGGCCGAUGUGAACUCGCUCCUUCUGCUGCUUGGAUUGCUAUGCCACCUGCUGCCAUUGAUGUUCAGAUAUGCCACAGCUGGGCUAGAGAAUUCCACGGCUCUCUGUACCCUUCAGUUGUCAAGAGCAAGCAGCAUUGUCAUGCUUGUAGCAUACGUUGCAUACAUCUUCUUCCAAUUAAAAACCCACCGGCAAUUGUUUGAUGCACAAGAGGAGGAGGAGGAAGAAGAAAAGGCAGUGCUAGGAUUUUGGAGUGCUUUUACUUGGUUGGUUGGCAUGACAAUUAUCAUAUCUCUUCUAUCCGAGUAUGUUGUUGGAACAAUCGAGGCUGCAUCAGAUUCUUGGGGAAUUUCUGUUAGCUUCAUCAGCAUUAUCUUGCUACCAAUCGUUGGAAAUGCAGCAGAACAUGCUGGAUCAAUCAUAUUUGCAUUCAAGAACAAAUUGGAUAUAUCCCUGGGUGUGGCUCUUGGGUCUGCAAGUCAAAUUUCCAUGUUUGUGGUUCCUUUGAGCGUAAUUGUUGCUUGGAUAAUGGGUAUCGAAAUGGAUCUUGAUUUCAGUCUCCUGGAAACUGGUUCUCUUGCUUUCUCCAUAAUUGUCACAGCCUUCGCUUUACAGGAUGGAACUUCACAUUACAUGAAAGGGGUCGUUCUUUUCCUAUGCUACAUUGUCAUUAGUGCUUGCUUUUUUGUUCAUAAAAUCCCACCGCCAACUAAUCAAACAACCGUCAACAUAGGAGUUGGACUGUCCUCUGGAUCAGGCUUAACCGCUUGAUCAGCUGGUUAAGUGGUUUGGGAUUUACAUCCCAAGCUAGCCAUAGGAUAUUGGUGAGGCAGUGGAAAACUUUGAUUAAUUAAUUCCCAAUUUCAAUUAUAGAGAGUUGUGGGCCAACUGAGAGAGAGAAAAAUCAAAGCUAUGGAGGGGGGGCUUCUUAAACUUGGACAAGAAUGGAAGUUCCUGUUGAAGAUGUUUGUUUGUAUAUAGAGAGUUGUAGCUAUCUCUAUGUGUCUCUCUGCAGACUGCAAUAAGGUUUUGUUUCAAAAAAAAUUAGGUCAUAAGUGGUGGCAUAUGGCAAAGUGCUUUUGUUUUUGUUUUUGGUUUUUUUUUGGUUUUAUUUUCAGCUUCUUUUUCAUGACCCAAGUUGCAUGUUUUAGUUUUUUAAGCUGAUCAUGAUCAUAUGCUGCUGAAGCAAAGGAAAUUGCAUUACAUCUAUCGAUCUUUUGAUGUACAAUAAGAAAAUUUGGCCGAGUGUCAGAUUCCAAUUUUUAUAUUUAAAUAAAAUUUCUGGAGUGUUAUAAAA